CUUCCGUCUAUAAACCUUCCUCCGCCCCAUCCCAAAAUAUAUCCGUACGCGUUUCCCGUGUAACAUCUAAGCGGCCGGUCUACUCUCUCUUCCUCUUUCUUUCUUCCAUCCUUGGCCCCGACGACGAACGCCAUGAACUCCCUUAUCAACGCUUCCCCACACCCUAAACUUAGUUUUUCUCGAUUACCUUCUCAGAUCCCAUCCAGAUUCCUGAGCUCGAGCAAUCAGGUUCCUUGCCUGCGCCGGAAGAACGCAGUCGGACGCCUCUUCGUUCGAUCCGAUGCUGCAAUUGAUGAAGUCGAGCAUCUCGUAUAUGGACACUCUAACCCGUCGAUCUCGUCUUCCUACCGGCCGAACGAGAUUCCUAAACCCAAUCAGACGGUGCUGGAAGCUCAGGCGCGGGUGUGCACUGGGCCGGAGCAGACGAGACCACUAUCAGAAGAACAGGCAUUCAAGGUUCUCGACACAAUACUUAAGUCAGCUAGGGGAGAACUCAAGGAUGAAGAAGUUUCAAAAGCACAACUUGGUGCUUUUUUUGCUGGAAUGACAAUAAGGGCAAACUCUUUUCCUGAACACACACAGUGGAGUGAGGGUGAAAGGCAUGCAAUGGAUUUCUUUUGGCCACGCCUUCUGCAUGUUCUUCCACAAGACAUAAUCUUCAUAGCUGAUCCAGAGGGCACAAUUAUGGGAUCUGGUUGUUCAAUAGGCCCAAAUUAUGGUGGUGAUGGAAUUGCUGAGAUGAGACUUGUGGGUGCGUUAAGGGAGGUUCUAGCAGGUGGUCAUUUAGGCUAUGAAGAGGUUCAAGGUGUUCUAAGGGACGUUCUUCCACUGAACUCGGAUGAUGUUGGGUCUUCAAGUGUGAAUGAGUCACUGCUUGCUGCUUUUCUUAUAGGGCAGAGGAUGAACAGAGAAACAGACCGUGAGCUUAAAGCAUACUGUCUAGCAUUUGAUGGUGAACUAGGGCCACUUCCUAUUGCUGAUGUUAAUUCCUUGACUCACUAUGGUGAACCCUAUGAUGGAAAUACACGAUUCUUCAAGAGUACGCUGUUUGUAGCUGCAGUUAGAGCUUGCUAUGAUGAAUCUUCUCUCAUUCAUGGUGUCCAAUGGAUGCCGCCUAAGGGAGGAAUAACAGAAGGGCAAUUGCUGAAGUUCAUGGGUGCAAAUACCCAUCUGUCACCAGCACAUGCAAAGAUACUACUGGAAGAUGAAAAUGUUGGCUUCGCUUAUGUAAAUCAGAAAGAAGUUCAGCCAUCACUAUAUUCUCUAAUUGGCCUAAGGGAGCAUAUUAAGAAACGUCCCCCCUUGGCAACCACAGAGAAAGUGCAACAGUUUGUUAGGGCAAAGGGAAGAGAAGCUAUUGUUGCUGGAUUCUAUCAUGGAGGUUAUGAAAAUUCAAUGUUGAUGCUUAUGAAGAGAAGGAGAGUACAUUCUGGUUUGGUUAUAAAGGGAGAAGAAGGUGCACUUUCAAUGACAACAAAAUCAAGAGCUGCUAAUGCUUCAAAAGGUCUUCCAGUGAAUCACUGUUCAGGUUUCCGCUCACCGCGAUUGGAUGUUCUCACUGACAUUGAUGGAAUUUCUCGUGAAAGCUUUAGUAUUGAUGUCAAUGCAGAAGAUUAUGGUUUUGAACCAACGGAUACUCCAAGAACUGAUAGAUCGGUUCGGAAGAAUAUCGAGUUGGGUCUGGCAGCUCUAAAAGGUGAGAAAGGACCGGCGUACGACAGGAUUGUUCUUAAUGCAGGAAUGGUCGAUCAUUUGAUGGGUUGCGCCGGCGCUGAGGACGUUAUAACUGCACUUGACAGGGCUAGAGAAGCCAUUGAUAGUGGUAAAGCGCUGAAGCGGCUCAUGAGCUACGUACAGUCGUCGACCAAAGUGUUGUAGUUUCACCAAGAUCAGUUAAACUGAGAUCACCUCACAAUUUGUAGCUGAAAUGUGCAUUGGUAAAGAAUGAAACAAGUUGAAGCUUGUCCCGUCACUGUUCUGCUAAAUUCUCGAAGGUCCCGAGAAGAUGCAAGUUGAUGAAAUGCUUGUAAAAUUAUUUUGAUGUCUUUCCCUUCUUCGGUUCCCUUUGUUCUUUUGAAUGAGAGAGACAGUGAGAAUCACACUGAUUUGCUAUCUGACAAGGCCAGAGAAAUUAAGAAACCUGUUUUACAACGUGAUUCAUGUGCUAAAGCAAUAUCUGCUGGAAUGCAGUGAAUUAAUUAGUUGUACGAGUUUUUCAAUUUCCUGUGAAUUAUAUCUUUUUCGAGGAAAUUUACUUGCUAA